AUGAAUAACAUCAUGAAACUAUUCUCUAUUUUUGUCGUGUUUAUCCAAAUACAAAUAGCCUUGUCUCAACCUGAUCAGUCUCCUCCGAUACCAAACAGCGACAUAGGGCAACUCUGCAGAGCAAACAUUUACCCAAGUCUAUGCCUCUCGACUCUCAAUCUUGAUCCUAGAAGCAAGACCGCAACUUCCGUUGAACUUUCGGUGAUCUCUGUGGAUGCAACGUCAAAGAAAGUGAAUGAGAUGUUAGAAUAUCUCAAGUCUGUCAAUAACAACACCAAGAACGGUGAAGACUCCACGAGGUACAGCAUUUGCAGCCAGGCGUAUACAAUGGCGGCUAAAGACUUUUUACCAUUUGCAUAUUCUCUGUUGAAAGAUCAUAGCUUCGUUGAGGCAAGGUCUGAAAUGCUAAAAGUUGUGUCGGCGUCGGACAAAUGCGCGGCGCAGUUUGCAGGGAGUUCGCCGUUAACCCAGCGUAUCAAAGUCAUCCAUGAUACCGCCGAUAUGAGUGCUGACAUCAUGAGAUAUUUUAUUGCCAAUUCAUAG